AAAUUCGCCUUUCUCUAUUCAAUGGUUCCGUGUCUGCUGAAUAGUGUGAAUCCCAGAAGAGUUUCUUCAAUUUCUCCUUCUUUCGAUUUUGAAGAUAUUUUACAGAGUGAAAAUGGGAGCUUCGAAACUUUCGGGGAUGCAAAAGCAAGUCCUGAGUCUCUACAGGGGAUUUCUAAGAGCAGCUCGUUCUAAGCCAAUAGAAGACAGGAAGAGAAUAGAGAUGAUCGUGUCAACAGAGUUCCGCCACAACUCUAAAGAGGUCGACCGUAAGAAUUUCCAGUACAUCGAGUAUUUGCUUCGGUUAGGUACUAAACAGCUCGAUCAACUCAAAAGCCCUGACAUAGUUAGUCUCUCCUCCGUGAAGGUCGUUGCAUCUAAAUCCUGAUAUUUUUGCUCUCAGCCUUUAAGGCUCUAGUGAAUUUAUAGAUGACAGAGACAGGAACUCGAUUCGUUUUCCAACAUUGGUUUUAUAUAUAUAUGUAUGAAUAUGAUGAUGCAUGAACUGCCAUGGAUGUUCAAGAGCCAUUACAAAAUAAAAUGAUUUGUGAUCAUUUGUGUAUCUACUACUAAUACUCCUCAAGCUAAGAGAAUGACAAGAUUUGUUGUAUCAGAUUUUUUUUCUUUGUAAGAAUGCAAUACUAGUGGAUAAUGUAGUGGUUGAUUCAUGUUUCAAUCGAUGCUCUUGCUUUACUUGAAUGUGAUACAGUUUCUGGCUAAAUAGUAAGGGCGUUAUAGGUGGUCUGACAUCUGUGAUCUCAUUCGUUUUGUCUAUUGGCUACUCUGGCUAGUGUGUAUACUAUGCAUUGCAAGAAGAAAUGUAGUUUAUGAUAAAGGCAAUUUUAAAUUAUCAAUGUGUUGCACAUGAUCAUAAAAAAAGAAAAGAAGAAAAGAUGACAAGACCCAAUCCACAAUUACACAAAGGGGAAAAAAAAAAGA